AGCCGAUGAUGCUGUACGGCGGUGGAACAUCAAAGGACGGCGGCGGCGGAGGAGGGUCAGCGGUGGUUUUGAAGAAGGGGCCGUGGACGGCGGCGGAGGACGAGACAUUGGCGGCGUACGUGAGGGAACAGGGAGAAGGGAACUGGAACGCAGUGCAGAAGAACACGGGUCUUGCCCGUUGCGGCAAGAGCUGUCGGCUCAGGUGGGCGAAUCAUCUCCGGCCGAAUCUCAAGAAAGGUGCCUUCUCCGCCGAGGAAGAGCGCUUAAUCAUCCAGCUUCAUGCCCAGCUCGGCAACAAAUGGGCUCGCAUGGCCGCUCAGUUACCGGGAAGAACAGAUAACGAGAUCAAGAACUACUGGAACACGAGGCUGAAACGUCUCCAACGACAAGGUCUCCCUCUCUACCCUCCCGAGAUCCUUCCAAACCAUCAUCAGAUGUAUCUCCGACCUCUGUCUCAGCCCUCCUCUCCUCUCCAUUCCCCUUCUUCCUCCUCGUCCUUCACUUUCCCCACCACAUCCACCUAUUGUAAUCCAUUCUCUACUCCUCCCCCGUCCCUCUCCUCGCCACUCUCUUCCCCUACUCUUCCACUCUUCGUCCCCCCGAGAUCCCCCACUCUCCACCAUGACAACACCAUCGUCUCCUUCUCCUUCCCCGGACCUCCUCUACUCCAUCCGCCUUCUUUCCAUGCCAAGAAGAGCUCUUACCCUACAUUUCUAACUCUACCUUAUACUUCUUCCUCUCCUCCUCCUCCUUCUGCUUCUCCUCUUCAUUCUUUCUCUUUAAGCCCUUCCUCUUCCCCUACUCAAAUGCUUCAUACCCACUUCACUCCUUCGUUAUUUCAGUUCAAUGAACCUGUUUACUCCUUGAAACCGGAGCUCCCUUCAAACCAAAUGUCCCACUCAGCAGUCUUUGAUGUUACCAGCUUGUCAGACAAUGAGAAACAUCAUCAGAAUCUUGACACCGGUUUGCAUAGAAGAAGUAGCUGCGAGCUGUUAGAGAGUGUCCUCGAUGAAGCCGAGGCUUUGGCCUGUGGCGGCCGGGCGCCUAAGAGGAGACAAGUCGACGACGACAACAAUGUCUUGGACAGUUUCGGACAAGUUUUAAAACAAAGGGAAGGUGAAUCUCAACAGAUGAACGCCGCCAUGCAAGAAGACAUAGCCAAGUUUCUCGACUGGGGAAGCGACAGCGGAGAGAUCUCGAAUGGGCAUUCUUCAGUCGUCACUGACGAUAAUCUCGUCCUCGACCUUCAUCACUUCAUUUCCUUCUUCCCGGCCGACGCCUCAGCGGCUGAAAAUGAUGAUCAUGACAAUAACACUAAUUCCUGCUCGUGGGACAACUUGCCCGGAAUCUGCUAGAGAAUUGAAAAAAGAUCGAAAUUUCCAGAAAGAUCGACAACUAAUGAUCAAGAUCUUGAUCAUUGUUUGUAUUAUAAAACAACCGGAUUUACAUACGUGAAACUUUGUUGUUAAUUACUGUUAAAAUAUGGAGGGAUACGUUUCCUCUGCUGU